AUGGCACAGUCUCACCAUUUGGCCGUGAAUUUCCUCUUCGUAUUCCUCCUCUUUUUCUUUUUGGUAUUGACACAUGCGCUACCAACGCGAGGAGACGUGCAGUUCCCAGGCAAUAGUGACAGUUAUCAUGGCACCGACUACAUUGUGUUUAUUAAUACCUACCUCACCCCCGAGAGUAUUGCGGGGUUGGCUGAAGAGAUUCAGCGUUGGUGGAAGUGGCGAUGGGCGGGCAACACAUGUGGCCGUUUGCUCAUUAACCUCUACUUACCCACAGAUGGGGGGUGGCAAGACUUUGUUAUGGUGCGUGUGUUAGCACCGCACAGAAAACACAGUAUGCAAUGUGUUCAAAAAGGGCUUCAGACGUUUGAUCUUUUCCUUUCGUGUGUGGGGAGAGUUUCUAUCAUUCGUGUGGUAAAGGACUUUUUGUUUGGCGGUAAUCGGAUUCUUGCGUCGGCUGCACCUCGAAAAGGAUUUACUACAGCGCGACCGUUGUACCCGCGGCGGUACUUUGGACUUUCCGCUACCAUGAAUUGGACAGGUAGGGGUGUUCGUAUUGCUCUCUUGGACACCGGGCUUGAUCCCCAUCUUGUUUCUUCCUCGUCACUUGAACGACCGUUGAACUACGAGGGAACAGCCAGCACCGCGCAGCCGCUACGCAUGUGUACAAGCUUUGUGCCGGGGUUACCGUGUGAGAAUAACCAAGAUGGUCAUGGUACCUUUAGUGUCUCUGUGAUGGCUGGAAAUAUUUCACUUCUGAAGGGGCUCAAAGAUGGUGUUAACGGGGGAAAAGGCGCCGCGUCCGAUAACAACUGUGUCGUGGGGUGUAAAGGACCACUUUCUUCGCGAAUGCAAUAUCUUGGGAUGGCGCCCGGCGCGGAUGUUCACAUGCUACGUGUGUUUGAUGACAACCGUGAUACCCGAACCUCUUGGUGUGUGGCGGCGUUGAAUUUUGCUCUUCAAUGGGGUGCGCAUAUUGUUAAUUUGUCUUUUGGUGGGAUAGAUUACUAUGACACUGUCUUUACAGAGAAGAUUACUGAAUUGGCGAAGAAGGGUGUGGUGGUGGUGGCUGCCACAGGGAAUGAGGGUCCCGGAAUGGGAUCUUUGCAUAACCCCGCCGAUCAAACCGAGGUGAUUGCGGUGGGAUCGCUUGGAACGCGUGGACGACGCCUUACUGCGCGCGUGGAUGAUGCAGAAACUAACAAGUCUUCUAUACAUUCAACAAUGCGUUGGAUUUCAACGUUUUCGGGUAGGGGCCCGAGUACGUGGGAGAUGCCAUAUGGAACGGGUCGAGUACGGCCGGAUCUUGUGGCACUGGGCGAGCAUGUUCUUGGUGUGGGACGUGACAGGAGGUUGGGUACGCUAUCGCUCUGGGUUUCGCACGGUACGAGCGUAGCCACACCAAUUGUGGCGGGAAUCGUGGCUCUUUGCAUUGACGCUCUUCAACAUUUAUAUUUGCGCAGGAAUUCAGGUGUAAAUGUUGCCAUGAUUAAACAGGUACUGAUGGAGACGGCGGUUGAGAUUAAUCCUAAAGGGUCUGCAAUGCGUGUUAUAGAGGCAGCGCUUCGCAAGGAAGAGCACGAUAUUUCAGCACCGCGUCGACGCGACUGGUGGCGUCGUGGGGGAAGUAGUGCAUCCAGCCGUCGUGACGGCAUCGCCAUGGCGCGGAGCCUUCUUCACUACCGAAAUGUAUUGCAGUACAGUCGCAUGAGCCAAGGCGCCGGAGAGGUGUGCCCGAUGUGUGCACUUUCACGUGUCGAAGCGGUGGGACAACAGCGCACGUUUUUGAGAGGGUUUUCUUUUCCAAGGGAGAUUGACGCCACAGGUGCGCAUCAACUUCCUCAUGGAGAAGAGGUAUCAUCCGCAUUGCCUCAAUGUUUGGUCAACUGGCCAUACUGUGAGCAACCACUUUUCCCUUCGGCGACACCAGUGGAAUACACCGUUAAUAUUUACUAUCCACAGUGCCAUGCUGCACGACUUACCCAUACUACACCAUGGAUAGGGAUUACGGGUGCGAGAGGUAUGUGUAGCCCUCAUCGGCGUGGUCGGUGUCACGCCUCCAACAUAGAUGUGCUUAUCGCUAAGCAACUUCUCUUCCUACAGGCACAGGCAUCGCACACCCUUGAUGCGUACAGUGGAGUGGUCUCACUUUUUGCCUUGUCGCCAUCGAAUGCAUCUAGCGUUCGAUGGACGCCAUCAUCACCAUCAACCACGAAAGUUUUGGAAGCAGGUGUCAUUGAGAAAUUGCUGGGACAUUUUGAUCUUAUUGAGGUUUCGGGUUUUGUGAAGGUGACAUACACUUGUAAUACCUCUUAUCCUGCAACUCUGCAAGGGCCAAUACAUAAAAAUGAAACAUGGUGUAACUCAGAAUGUGUCACCAUACCGUUUAAGAUUCCCGUUGUUCCACGACCUCCGCGUGCUCGACGUAUGGCCUUUGACAUUAGCCAUCAAUGGUUCUAUCCACCUGAUUUUGUACCAGGCGAUGAUGCUUAUACUAACCCUUUACCUAAAGCUCAACACCAGCACAAGGAACAUCAAACUCGCCCUGAAAGUCAUGGUGUCUAUGAAUGCGAUAGUGACCAUCCGCACACAAAUAUGGUGCCACUACUUCUUUUUCUCCGUCGUGUAAUGGGAAUAUUUGUUGAGGUGCCUCUGGUGAGUUACUUGUCUCUGGGGGUUGCGUUGAAUGGGAAUGCAACGGCGUUCAAUCUGCACUGGCGCAUUUACUUACAGCGCUACUACCGCAACAUUGGGACGUUGCUGUUGCUGGACCCGGAACUUCCACUUAUGAAGGAGGAGCGUGCCAUCGUUGCCAAUGCGGUUUUGCGUCAUCAAUUGCAUGUGGUGAUAUUCAGCGAGUGGUACAGCGAACAAGUGGCACGAGGACUCUUCUUCUGCGAUGCCACGCAAAAUCAGACAUCCUCGCCCUUAUUUUGGGCAAAACAGAAUAUGACGGCAUCUAACGUGGUCGGUGAAGACAAUGAGCAGCGGGCACAAGGAUUGAAGGGCGCUUGUCAUGUCCCUUCAUUAAAUGCGUUUCUGUGUGAUAUUAGUCAAGGGACUCUUCAGCUUGACGACGACCGAGUUGUGGAUGGCGCGUUGUCGCUUGCAAGCACCUCCACCUUUUUCUCUCCGUACCACCUGGGGUGGAGUGGGCAGGCUGUGUACCGUUAUUUUGGUCGAAUGAGCGCCGCUGGUGUGCUACGUUGGCCCCCAGCAAGAAAUGCUUGCUCCACCAUUUUGCCGCAGCCUGAACAGAUGGCAAGGACAACAAUGGUAUGUGGUAUGGAGAAGUUGUGGGCGAGGGAGUUGCAUGAAAUUGCAAGGGCUGGUGAAGAGGGAAAGGGGGAAGGUGGCAGUUUCAGGGGGGCUAACGAUGUGUUGAGGAAGGUGCAUCCAGAGGCAUUUAUCCCGCUUUUUGGGUUUGCCGGUGUGGGUAACGGUAACACUGAAGAAAGAUCGAGGAGUGGUCUCGCAGAAGGUGGAAAAAUGUGCCGGGAAAGUAAGAUGAUGAUGGGUCGCGUCGCCGUCUUCACCGACACUAGCAGUCUCAGCUCAUUUUCAUCCCCUCAAGCUUCGUUGCAUGUCUUGGACAAGUUGGUGUAUGACCUUUCCUCCCGUUCUCUUGGGAGCAGUGAGGCGGAUCUGGUUACAUCAGCACGUGUACGUGACUCACUCGCAAGUCUUGUGACCCAUGAAAGUGAGAGUCCAUCUUUUGCCUUCAGCAUUGUACGUGAUUUUUGGUAUUUCGUUUACACGGGAGAGCUCCCUGAGUUUACGAAAAACUCCGAGUGCCGGCGUUAUGAAGCGUUUGCUAACGCUCUAAAUAAGAAUGAGACUCCCGUGCAUGCAUUUACAACCUCAUCGGAAGUGAAAAGAGGGGACGGUGUGGAUGACGGAGGCAAAUUUGAGAGUUUGCUGUCAACGCUCUUUGCCUCUGCACCACGUCGAGUGGCUUUGGCGAAGCGACUCCGUGAGGUUCUCAGUGCAUGGGAAACAGUCAUGAUGGUGGCAGAUGAUGAUUGCAGCUUUAGAAACAACGAACUUCAGUUGGAGACGAGCGCCUCCGAGAAGAUGAUUGAGCCUGUUUCAUCGUUGUUUUUGUUGCUUGUUAUUGUAAUGUUGAUUUGUAUUUUGCUUUGCACGUGGAGAAGAGGGCAGUUUGCUCUCAGCGGAUGUUUGGGUUGUGAUAAAGGAAAAACCAUGAGGACGACAGGAGACAAAAAGGAGCAAUGA